GGUGCUUUGUUUUUGACAGAUUUAUAGGUUAAAACUUGAAAAUAUUAUAAUCACUUGCAAUCUUGCAAAUUUAAAGAGUAGCAAAUUAAUACAAUUAUUUAUUAUAAUAAUUUAGUAAAUUUUUAAAGAAAUGGCGGAUUCAACUUUAAAUUGGUGUCUCAUUGAAAGUGAUCCUGGCGUAUUUACAGAAUUAAUAAAAGAAUUUGGCGUUCAAGGUUUACAAGUCGAAGAAUUGUGGAGUUUAGACGAGGAUCAGUUUGAAAAUCUCAAACCUGUUCACGGUUUAAUAUUUUUAUUUAAAUGGGUUCACGAUGAUGAACCAUUAGGAACAUUGGUACAAGACAGUCGACUUGAUAAAAUUUUUUUCGCAAAACAGGUUAUAAAUAAUGCUUGUGCGACUCAAGCGAUUCUCAGUGUUUUACUUAAUUGUAAACAUCAAGAUGUUGCCUUGGGACCAAAUUUAGAGGAAUUUAAAAAUUUUUGUCAAAGUUUUGACGCUAAUAUGCGUGGUUUAGCAUUGAGUAAUUCAGAUGUCAUUAGACAAGUUCAUAAUUCAUUUGCCAGACAAACACUUUUUGAAUAUGAUUCAAAAUUAUCAGGAAAAGAUGAAGACGUAUUUCAUUUUGUAAGCUAUUUACCUAUUGAUGGACGACUUUAUGAAUUGGAUGGAUUGAAAGAAGGUCCUAUGGAUUUAGGUCCAUGUCCAUCUGGUGAUCAAUGGGUACAAGCUGCGAAACCAAUUAUUCAAAAAAGGAUAAAUAAAUAUAACGAGGGCGAAAUACAUUUUAAUCUAAUGGCAGUGGUUUCGGAUAGAAAAAUGUUAUAUGAACGUGAAAAGGCAAAAUGUGGUGAUCCAACUGAAGUAGCACGUCUACAGGAAUUAAUUGAAGAGGAAGUGAGAAAAUUGAAACGAUAUCAAAUUGAAAAUAUUCGACGAAAACACAAUUAUCUUCCUUUAAUCAUGGAAUUAUUGAAAGCACUUGCCAAAGAUGGAAAACUUGUCUCUCUUUAUCAGAAGGCAAAAGAACGAGCAAUCGAAAAGGAAUCUAAAAAAAAUAAAGUUUAAAAUUCUACGCUUAUUUAUUUGAAAAUCGUAUUUUGCCUACGUUGUUGGCUCUUCUUUUUUUUUUUACAUAGUGUACGAAUUUUCAAACACUUUAAUAUAAUUAUAUUUACACAAUUA